CUCGUGGUGGCAUCGUUCUACCUGCUCACCACAUUUCUCUGGGGUUUGGUCUGUGGUGUGGCUAUUGUCUACGUUUAUCUGCUAAUUCGAUCCGGGAUUCGGGGUGAUGCGGAUCUGACCGGUUCGACAAAAUGUCCCAUAUCUGGCUCACCGCUGAGCCAGUUCUGUUGUUCUCUGCACAACCAAAUAACAAAGGGUGUCGGUAUCAAGGACAUUUGGUGGCCAAUAUACGCACCGGCGUUACCCUCACUAAACGCGACAACAACGACCAACAACUACGAUCCGGAAACACAUCAUGUGAGUCAGACGCACUCGGUAUUCGUUACGCUGGACGGAACACAACUUCGUUUGCAACGGCCCCGUCGUAAUAUUGCCCGUAGAUCGAUGUGGAACGAGGAAUUGCCGUCGAUCACCACGAUGCGAUUCCAACAGCAACGCAUUUUCGACUUGGUUCACGCGCGUGUCACCCUACUCCCGACCGGUUUGGUGUUGAAGAGAUUGUGGAGUAAAAAAUAUCCGAUUGCGAUCACUAUCCCGAAAAAGUCGAAGAAUAGCCCAGGUUCACGUCCAAGUUUACCGUCUUCCACAAGUGUUCCAAAUAUGACCUCCUCAAUCACCCAGCCUGCAUCGCCUGAGCAGACCGGUUCGGAUACCCCAUCCCGAUCACGUUCACCCACACCGGCUAAUGGAAGUGACGUAGUGGAUGAUUUCACUAUGAUUUCACGUCAGGAUUUACCGUCCGAAACGUUGUACCUAUUCGGUCGCACGUGUCGUGAGAAAGAGACCUGGUACGCUCGGCUACGUGCGGCUUCUUUGGGGAUUCCUCUCCUCUGGACACCGCAACUGGCAGUACAGACGUAUUUAGCCGCAUCAGCUGGCACAAACUCGUCCACUACGGCCGGCGGGACAGUUCCAACCGGAGAUAAUCGAAGCGAUGAUGAAAGUGUUCCGGAGAAAGAGAACGCAUCCACUGUCUCCUCCUCGGACGGUGGGACGAGCAGUAUCGACCGAGCUGGUUCACAGUUGCCCAUCCCCGGAAGUCGCGAACCGUUGUAUGUCACCUAUGUGCGAUACAUGGCCAAAUAUAUGCCUGCCUCGUGGUUGUUACGUGGCACACAGGCGUUACGUUUGAAUGUGAACUAUGUCUCGUGUGAACCACAUGUGCUGUGGUUGAACGCGCUCCUGGCCCGAGUGUUUUGGGAUUUUCUGCGCGAAGUCUAUUGGUUGGAACGUGUCCGGGACAAGAUUCAAGCCAAAUUGAAGAAGAUUCACUUACCGCCGUUUAUCAGUGACCUGAUUGUGGUAGGCAUUGAUCUCGGAACGGAGUUACCGGUGAUUCGUCGCGUCGGUCGACCGUUCCUCGAUGCACACGGGUUGUGGUUCGAAUUGGAUGUGGCCUACGCAGGUGGAUUCUCCGUUGCUCUUGAAACCAAUGUGAACCUCAUGCGCUGGAACCAGAAAUCGCGGGAAUCCACCAUGCUUGCCGAUGACCUGUCUUCUACUUCACCACCACCUGCUGCUGCUGUGAUCCCAUCGGAUCCGAAUUUGAACUCAUUCGUACGCCGGUCGAACAGGUUGGGUGCGUUUCUGUCUGACGAGGAAGACAGUGCGGAUUCCACCACCGAUUCCGAUUCGGCCAUAGAACCGCUUCAGCCACCCGGUAGAGGCCCCCCUGGUUUGCGACGAUCUAGCGGUUCAGGUCGGCUACUGGCCUCAUCCAUCGGUCUUGUCGGUUUGUCCAAUCGAAGUGUAGAAGAAGAUCGUGCUCCCAGCUUGGAGAGGUCAUGUCAACAGCUGUCUUUUUUAAUUCACACUGACAAGUUUUUCGAUCGAACCGAAUAUUGA